AUGUCCUCUGAGGACCCGAACCGCUGCUGUCCCACCGAAAAGGGCCCUGCCAAGUGCGACUACACCCCUGUUGGCGGUGACUUCUACAUGGUGGGUCCUCACAACAGCAAGGCUGGCGUUGUGGUCGUGAGCGACAUCUUCGGCAUGUUGGCCAACUCGAAGCGCCUGGCGGACAUGCUAGCUGAGCAAGGCUACCUUGUUGUCAUGCCAGACUUCUUUGGAGCACAGGCAUGGCCCGUGUCAGAAUGGCCGGCCGACUUCGAGUCGGCGCGCUGGAUCCAGCACAAAGCGAAAAUCUCGAAUUUUGACACGUUUGCGCCUCGCAUGGAAAAUGCGAUUGCGUUGCUGCGCCAAAUGGGAUGUGCAAAGGUUGGCGUCAUUGGCAUGUGUUGGGGGGCGAACCUGACGUUCAUGAUGGCGGCACAAGGCAAGAUCGACGCCGCUGCCACGGCGCACCCGGUCAACUUGACUUCUGACAACGUGAAGGCAGCGAAGGUGCCGGUGCUGGUGAUGCCGUCAAAGGAUGAGCCUCCCAUGGACGAGGUCGAAGCCGCCAUCGAUGCCCACUCGGUGGCGCCGCACGUGUACGUGCGCUUUGGAUCUCUGCCGCACGGUUUCUUUGGUGCCCGCUACGACCCUGACGCGUACACGCCUGAGGAAAGGAAGGAUGUGGAGACGGCCCGUGGACUCCUGGUGGACUUCUUCAGCAAGUCACUCCAUUAA